AUGGCCGAAAACUUGCUGUUCGAAGACCUUGUCGACGUUUUCAACAAAAUCCGGCGGACUUCCAAUCAGAAAAUCAAACAAGCGACAUUUCAGAAGAGUUUUGAAGCGUGGAAGGAGAAAUGUGAGCAAAAUGAGAAUAAAAAGAGGAUUUUGUCGAGCUUUCAGGCGAAAAUCCAGCCGACAUUUUUCCAAUUUUGCGGCUUUUCCUUUCCGAUUACGAAAGACUUCGUAAAUUUGACAUGGGACCGACGAAGCUGGCAAGUUUCCUCGCGAAGACGUUCCACGACGUCAGGGCGGAAUACGUGGCGAAUAUUUCAAAAGAGGUUCGGAUUUGCGAAAGGAACUUAUCGGAACAUGACUCUUCUAGGCUUCAACGGCUGCUCGGCAAUUGGCGGACAAAGUUUCUGAAGAAUAUCGAACUGAAAAUGAUGACUUCGGCGUUUUGAAAGUCUCUGAGCUCAACGAAGCACUAGAUUCUCUGGCGAACGGAUCUGAUGAUCAAUCCAGUGAGCCUUGUUUCCUUCGCAUGUAGCAUCUUUUUAUUACUACUCCAGAACGCGACAAAAUGACGAAAUUGGUGAAGAACUGCUCGGAAGACGAGUUGGAAUGGGUGUUCAAUGUGGUAAUGCGUAACGUGGAAGGAGCUCUCGGAGCUCCGAGCAACAAGAUUCUCGAUUGGGUUUCCUCGAAUGCGUGUGCCAUCUGGGAUCAGACGCACGAUUUGAAAGCGGUUCUACGCGGGAAACUGGCGGAGAAACCGUCGGAAUUGAGCUCCGAGCAAACGGCUGAGAAAGCGCCAGAAGAUGACGUGGCAGAUGAGCACCUUUUCAGAAUAUGGACUCCGAUGUUGCUUCAGAAGCAGAAGAGAGGCGAUUGGUACGCUAAUGUAAGGGCUCUGCUGGAAAUCGAUCCCGUCAGACCAACUAGUUCAGAUCGAAAAGUACGGCGGUUCCAAGUUUUUCAUGCAAACCAAAUUCGACGGUGAAAACGUUCUUUUACACAAAAAAGGCAACGAGUACCGUUGGUUCAGCAGGAAUAACAACGAUUUUUCAAAGGUUUUUCAACUUUAAGAAGAACACGUUAUAUUUAUCGAGCUUUCAGGAGUACGGUGACUCCUCAAUGGCCAUAGGAAAACUGUCGAGCCGCAUUCAUUCGUUCUUCAAUAAAAGUGUCGAUUCGGCGAUUUUCAACUGUGAACUAAUGUUGUGGGAUAAAAAAACAAAGAAAUUGUGUAACUAAAUAAGCCAAGAACGAGGAUUUCAAUUGUUUUCUUUCAGGCCGUCACAACGACGCUUCGGCCACUUCUGACGCUCAAGUUCUUUCGUUCCGCCACGUGAAACCGGAUGACAAUCAGCAAUUGAGUAGGUCCGAAUCCCAUUUAUCAGUUGAUAACGUCAUCUGCAGCUGUCGUCCUUUUCGAUCUGCUCUACCUGAAUGGCAAGCCGUUCUUCGGCGCUCCGCUCUGGCAGAGACUCGAACUGCUCAAGGUGGCGCCGCUGAAAAAAGAGAGGGAGGACACGAUUUUCGUGGCGAAAUACGAAGAGGGUACCAAAAAGUGAGAGAAAUGCUUUGAAAUUUGUCAGGUCAAAAAGUACAAAUUUUCAGGGAAGAUAUUCAGAAAUUUUUCGAGAUUGCGAUGGCGGCCAAUGAGGAGGGAAUUGUGGUGAAACGGGCGGAUAGUGUGUACGUAAAGGGCCAAAGGUUAGAGCAUUUCUGGAAAUUUCUUUUUUUUUUCAAAUUAUUUUUCAGAAGUGCAGCCAACGGAUGGUUCAAACUGAAACCGUCAGCUUCGAAGGACUGUGACCUCGAUAUGGCGCUCGUCGCCGUGCUCCCAGGAGCCGGGAGAAACGGAAAAACGCUUUAUCGAUUCGCCGCGUUUGACGAAGGUACGACGCAGUGCGUUUUCAUCAAUAACUGCUCAAUUUCAGCGUCCGGAAAAUACAAACAGUGUCUCUCGUGCUCGUACGGUCUCAGCGACGCCGUCCGUGAGGCGAUCCGUUACGAAUACGGUCAAUUGUUGGAGGAAGCGCCGGAAGAGCUCACGUUUUAUGGGAAACGGCCUGCGAAGAUUCCACGUGGCGAAGGCGGAUACAUUGAUUUCGAAAGGUGGCAAGUCAUCAAAAUCACGUCAAACGGAGUGCGCAACGGGAAACUUGUGGACCCGGUGAUGAGGGAAUGGCGGCUGGAUAAACCGGUCGAUCAGAUCAACACUUUCGAGGAUUUCUCCGAUUAUGCAACUGUACGAGGACUAACAAAAACAUACGAUUAUUGUGAUUUUCAGAAAGUUCAAGAGUGUAAACUGGGCGAUAAUGACCACGACGGCAGCGGAGACGAAGAGGAGGAGAAGAAGGCGGAUCCGUUGAAAGUGGAGAAAGUGACUCGGAAGGCGAUCCACGAGACGGCGCCUCUAAAAUUAAAAAGAGCAAAAAUAGAAUCGAGUCUGUCGGGAGUCGAAGUCGCAGUCCUUCAGGGCACUUCUGAAGCUGUCAGGAGACGUUGCGAGGAGAUUCUGAAGCAUUUCGACGCGAUUGUGGUCAAAGGGAUCAGUGAGUUUCCCUGCGGGUCUCCGAGGCAUUCCAUUAGUUCGCCCCCUUCUGCCACCCCGUGUACUUUCCGUGGACAUUGAUAAAUAGUACAAGUGUCACAGACCAGCUGUGUAAGUCAUCAAUUGAAGUGGUCCGAGGACAGAGACAGAAAGAGCGGAGGGUAAUCCCUAAGCCGAUCAUCUUGCCGGCGUCUGAUUUACAACGUGGUUUUUCCAUAUUAAUUCGGAAUUCAUUCCAGCGCCUUCCACUCAGCUCUGCAUCGCCACCGCUCCGAAGCCGACGCAUCCGAAGACCGCACAAGCAAUUGCGCUCAACUCGGUGACCAUCCUCAAAUCCACGUGGCUUGACCGGUGCAACAAAGAGGAUCUGGUUCAAGAGUGGCUCCCCGAUGAAGCAUUCCACGUCGUCGACGGGGGAUUCCGACUCUCCGCCGAUCUUUAA